AUGGAACAGGGUGUUGUCGAAGUGGAUAAUGAAAUGCGAGAGAAAUUACGGAAACAGACUGAAGACGAGAAAGAGAAUGAAAAAAGACAGACUGCAUUUACCGAAGCGCUAAUACAGAAAUAUGUCGAGAUACUUGGAAUACAAGGCGAAGAUACUAAAGCCAAUGUAGAAAGGAAACGAAUAGAGAAUGCAGG